AUGCAGCGGCCUGGCCCCAGCAGCCGCCACCCCCUCCUGAUCCUGUCGCUGUUCUUCACAGCCACCGCCGCAGCCACCGCCGGCGCCAGCUCCAGCCAGGCCGUCGAGGCGGAAGAAUUCCAGAAGGGCACUGGGAUUUUGGCGGCAAGAAUUUCCCCAAAAGGUCUCUGCUUGCUGGAGUGGCACUUGGAGUUCUCGGAUGACAGAGAGCUGGCGAACCUUCUCGGUUAUCUGGCUUUCCCUCUCACUAGAGCCCCCUUGGGGUUUCCUGGGGCUCCAGGUGACCUCCACUUCUGUCUUUAUAGCCUUGCUUCUUGCUGCUGUCCAGGCAAGUCACCCAGGAGGACCGGCGACAACCGAGCUUCCUGCAGGAUCGGGAACUGCCCACCGGAAAAGGGCGCAGACCCUCGGGGUUGCUUGCCUCUGGGGUCCCCUGGACCGAGCCCCAGCCCCAGCCCCAGCCCCAGCCCCAGCCCCAGCGACGAAGCCCCCUCCAGGGACCCCGGCGUCCGGCCGCUCGAGGUGUCGCUAUUGGCGCUGCUGGCGCUGCUCUGGCCCAAGCCGGGGCUGGGCCGGCCGCGAGAGCGCCUCCGCGUGCGCUUCACCCCGGCCGUCUGCGGCCUGCGCUGCGUCCAUGGGCCCACCGGCCCCCGCUGUACCCCGACCUGCGCGCCCCGCAACGCCACCAGCGUGGACAGCGGCGCGCCCGGCGGGGCGGCCCCGGGGGGACCCGGCUUCCGCGCUUACCUCUGCCCCUUAAUCUGUCACAACGGUGGUGUGUGCAUCAAGCCGGACCGCUGCCUCUGUCCCCCGGACUUCGCGGGCAAAUACUGCCAGCUGCACUCCUCGGGCGCCAGGCCUCCGGCCCCGGCCGAGCCCGGGCUCACCCACUCGGUGUACACCAUGCCGGUGGCCAACCAUCGCGACGAUGAGCAUGGCGUGGCGUCCAUGGUGAGUGUCCACGUGCAGCAUCCGCAGGAGGCGUCGGUGGUGGUGCACCAGGUGGAGCGCGUGUCUGGGCCUUGGGCAGAGGCGGACGCCGAGGCCGUGGCGCGGGCGGAGGCGGCGGCGCGAGCAGAGGCGGCGGCCCCGUACACGGUGCUGGGCCAGAGCGCGCCCCGUGAGGACAGCUACUCUGACUCUUCAGGCUACGGUUACUGCUUUCGGGAACUGAGAGGAAGCGAUUGCGCAUCCCCUCUGCCCGGGCUUCGGACACAGGAGGUUUGCUGCGGAGGGGCCGGCUUGGCCUGGGGCGUUCACGACUGCCAACCGUGCUCGGAGCACCUGGGGAGCUCCAACCGAGUGGGAGCCCCCGAUCAACCUUGUCCAACAGGCUUCGAAAGGGUUAAUGGGUCAUGCGAAGAUGUGGAUGAGUGUGCCACCGGUGGGCGCUGCCAGCACGGGGAGUGUGCAAACACACGGGGCGGGUACACCUGCGUGUGCCCCGAAGGCUUCCUGCUUGACUCCUCCCGCAGCAGCUGCAUCUCUCAACACGUGAUCUCCGAGGCUAAGGGGCCCUGCUUCCGCGUGCUUCGCGAUGGCGGCUGCUCGCUGCCCAUCCUGAGGAACAUCACCAAACAGAUCUGCUGCUGUAGCCGUGUGGGCAAGGCCUGGGGCCGGGGCUGCCAGCUCUGCCCGCCCUUUGGCUCAGAGGGGUUUCGUGAGAUCUGCCCAGCUGGCCCGGGCUACCACUACUCGGCUUCCGACCUCCGCUACAACACCAGACCCCUGAGCCAGGAGCCACCCCGCGUGGCCCUCAGCCAGCCUCGGCCCCCGUCGGCCACCUCUCGGCCACCUGCAGGCUUUGUGUCCACACAUCGCCCUGAGCUCCGGCCAGACCGCAGACCGGAGUCCCGACCAGAACACAGACCCGACCCGGGGCGCAGGCCCGAACUACAACCUGAAUUCAGACCCGAGCCCCAUCCAGACCGUAGACCAGAGCUGCGACCCGAAUACAGACCUGAUUCCCAGCCUGAACGCAGGCCCGAACCCCGACCGGGCCCUGAGCGGCCCCGGCCCAGCAUCCCGGCCUGGCCUGGUCCUGAGACCUACGAGUCAGGUCGCUCCAUGUGUCAGCGUAACCCCCAAGUCUGCGGCCCGGGACGCUGCAUCCCUCGGCCCAGCGGCCACACGUGCCUGUGUGACUCUGGCUUCCGGCUCAACGCCCAGGGCACCCACUGCCUAGAUGUGGACGAAUGUCGCCGCGUGCCCACGCCCUGCGCUCCCGGGCGCUGCGAGAACACCCCUGGAAACUUCCGAUGCGUAUGUGGCCCCGGUUUCCGAGCCGGCCCGCGGGGCACCGAAUGCCUGGACGUGGACGAGUGCCACCGUGCGCCGGCGCCCUGUGACCUCGGGCGCUGCGAGAACACACCAGGCAGCUUCCUGUGCGUGUGCCCCGCCGGGUACCAGGCCGCGCCCCACGGAGCCAGCUGCCAGGAUGUGGACGAGUGCUCGCAGAGCCCGGGCCUCUGUGGGCGAGGCGGCUGUGAGAACCUGCCCGGCUCUUUCCGAUGCGUUUGCCCGGCUGGCUUCCGGGGCUCGGCGUGUGAGGAAGAUGUGGAUGAAUGCGCUCAGCAGCCACCGCCCUGCGGGCCAGGCCGCUGCGACAACACAGCGGGUUCCUAUCACUGUGCCUGCCCUGCAGGCUUCCGCUCCCAAGGGCCAGGGGCCCCCUGCCAAGAUGUGGAUGAGUGUGCCCGCCACCCUCCGCCCUGUGCCUAUGGGCGAUGUGAGAACACAGCAGGCAGCUUUGAGUGCGUCUGUCCAGCGGGCUUCCAACCCAACCCAGCGAGCUCCCAGUGUGAAGAUGUGAAUGAGUGUGAGAACCACCUGGCUUGCCCUGGACAGGAAUGUGUGAACUCUCCUGGCUCCUUCCAGUGCAAGGCCUGCCCAGUGGGCCACCACCUGCACCAUGGCCGAUGCACUGAUGUGGAUGAAUGCAGCUCUGGCGCUCCCUGUGGACCCCAGGGACACUGCACCAACACAGACGGCUCCUUCCACUGCAGCUGCGCCCCGGGCUACCGGGCCCCUGCCGGUCGGCCAGGACCCUGUGCAGAUGUGAACGAGUGUCUGGAGGGCGACUUCUGCUUCCCGCACGGAGAAUGUCUCAACACGGACGGCUCCUUUGCCUGUACCUGUGCCCCGGGCUACCGGCCGGGACCCCGCGGGGCCUCCUGCCUGGACGUGGACGAGUGCAGCGAGGAGGACCUUUGCCAGAGCGGGAUCUGUACCAACACCGAGGGCUCCUUCGAGUGCGUCUGUCCUCCCGGCCACCGCGCCAGCCCGGACCUCGCCUCGUGCCUGGAUGUGGAUGAAUGCCGGGAGCGGGGCUCGGCCCUGUGCGGGUCCCAGCGCUGCGAGAACUCCCCCGGGUCCUACCGAUGUGUCCGGGACUGCGACCCUGGCUACCACGCGGGCCCCGAGGGCACCUGUGACGAUGUAGACGAAUGUCAAGAAUACGGCCCCAUGAUUUGCGGAGCCCAGCGCUGCGAGAACACCCCUGGCUCAUACCGGUGCACGCCAGCCUGCGACCCGGGCUAUCAGCCCACCCCAGGGGGCGGGUGCCAGGAUGUGGACGAGUGCCGGAACCGAUCCUUCUGCGGGGCCCACGCCACGUGUCAGAACCUGCCGGGCUCCUUCCAGUGCUUCUGUGACCAGGGCUACGAGGGGGCACGGGACGGGCGUCACUGCGUGGAUGUGAACGAGUGUGAGACCCUGCAGGGCGUGUGCGGCGCUGCCCUGUGUGAGAAUGUGGAGGGCUCCUUCCUCUGCGUCUGCCCCACCAGCCCGGAGGAGUUCGACCCCAUGACUGGACGCUGUGUUCCCCCUCGGACUUCUGCCGGCGUGUUCCCAGGCUCACAGCCCCACGCACCUGCCAGCCCCCACCUGCCAGCCAGGCCACCACCACCACCCCGCCGGCCCAGUGCCCCGCGGCAGGGUCCUGUGGGCAGCGGGCGCCGGGAGUGCUACUUCGACACCGCGGCCCCAGAUGCAUGUGACAACAUCCUGGCGUGGAACGUGACGUGGCAGGAAUGCUGUUGCACUGUGGGCGAGGGCUGGGGCAGUGGCUGCCGCAUCCAGCAGUGCCCCGGCACCGAGACAGCUGAGUACCAGUCUCUGUGCCCGCACGGCCGGGGCUACCUGGCACCCAGUGGAGACCCGAACCUUCGGAGAGGUGAGGCCACAUUUGAACUUUCCCCUCCCCUCCGCCUCACCCUGGCUCUAUCUCCGUUUUCUUUCUCGCUGUCCAUCACCCUGUUUCUAACUGCCCGUCCCCUCGGGGAGCUAGGGGCUAUCAUUUUGAUGUGUGUCUGCCUCUCUCCACCUUCCUGGGAAUUUAUGUCUUUCGAUCUUUCUCUCAAUUCUUGGCUCUCUCUGUCCGUGGUCCCUUUGUCUCUGGAGAGCAGCACCCACGCAGAGACCUCUCCUCUUUUUGUCUGGCUUCCUCUCUCUGGGGCUCUGCCUCUCCCUCUCUCUGUCUGCCCACUGACCUACCCUUUCACCUUCUCGCACUUCCUGCCCCCACAAUUUCUUCUUGGGCCCCUGAGGGUUCAUUCACACCAGAGCCGAAGGGGAAAGACGAGGAGUCCAGGUUACACAGCCAUCCCUCAGCUGGGCCUGGGGAGCAGCCUAUCAGACUCCAUGCCCCCGCCACGGGGCCCUUCUUCUGCCCUCCCCCCUGUAUGUCAGUCUAUGCCAGGCCAAGUCUGUCCUCAAUCCAGCUCCCUGCCCAGACCUUGGGACCUACCUCAGAGGGCGGCUGGGGGUCUGAACCCCAGCGAUGGGCGAGAUGACAAUCUGGGCGUGUGCUGGCAGGAAGUGGGGGCAGACCUCGUGUGCAGUCGCCCCCGGCUGGACCGCCAGGCCACCUACACAGAAUGCUGCUGUCUGUACGGCGAGGCCUGGGGCAUGGACUGCGCCCUGUGCCCCGCCCAGGACUCAGACGACUUUGAGGCCCUGUGCAACGUGCUGCGGCCCCCGGCCUACAGCCCCCCGCGGCCAGGUGGCUUCGGACUCCCGUAUGAGUACGGCCCGGAUGUAGGACUGCCUUACCAGGGCCUCCCAUAUGGGCCUGAGCUGUAUCCACCCCCUGCGCUCCCGUACGACCCCUACCCACUGCCCCCUGGGCCCUUCGCCCGGCGGGAAGCUCCCUACGGGGUGCCCCCCUUUGACUUGCCUGACUUUGAGGACGACGGUGACUCCUACGACGAGUCAGAGGAUCCUGCCCCACCCGGCCCGGACCCCCGCUGGAGCUACCGGUCUCGUGAUACCCGUGGCUCCUUCCGGGAGCCGGAGGAGCUGCCCGAAGGUGGAGGCUAUGCGGGGGCCUUGGCGGGACCCUACGAAGGUCUGGAGGCGGAGGAGUGCGGGAUCCUGGAUGGCUGUGCGCAUGGCCGGUGCGUGCGCGUCCCCGAGGGCUUCACCUGUGACUGCUUCGACGGCUACCGCCUGGACAUGACCCGCAUGGCCUGUGUUGACAUCAACGAGUGCGCCGAGGCCGAGGAGGCCGCCCCGGUCUGCAUCAACGCGCGCUGCAUCAACACCGACGGCUCCUUCCGCUGCCUGUGCCGCCCGGGCUUCGUGCAGUCCCCGCAGCCGCACCACUGCGCGCCCGCCCGGCCCCGGGCCUGAGCGCGCGCCCCGGGAGAUUGACAGACACAUGGAAGGGGGGACGCCUGUCGCCGCCCCCUCCCCCAUGACAACGCCGCUGGCGCAAGCCCAGCCCACGGCUCCCUUCACACGCCCUCCCCUUUUUAUAAAACUUUCAAUAAAAGCACCUAUUUUGUA